AUGGCAGAAGAGAAGACAGGGGACUAUUCGCACUUCGUCAGCGAGGUACCAUCAGAACAGAGCCAACCUGUCACGAAGCGGAAGGUGAAGUGGUAUCGUUCAACACUCUACAAUGCCAUCAUCCUCGGUAUCUGUAACUUCUGCGCGCCAGGAAUUUGGGGCGCGAUGAAUUCGCUAGGAGGAGGAGGCCAGCAGGAUCCCUGGCUCGUCAACGCCGCUAAUGCCCUCACAUUCUGCCUCAUGGUUGUAACUUGCGCUCUGAGCGGCGUAUUCGUCAAGCAUCUGGGAAUACGCUGGACACUGAUCUUGGGGGCUGCGGGUUACUGUCCAUACGCGGCAGGGCUAUACUGCAAUAAUCGAUACGGCAGCUCAUGGUUCGUUCUCUUCGGCGCAGCUACCUGCGGUCUGGGUGCUGGACUAUUCUGGAUGGCAGAGGCUGCCAUUGCGCUAUCGUAUCCCGAGCCAUACAACCAAGGCAAGCUGCUCGGAAUCUGGUUGAGCUUCCGAGUGGGAGGGCAAAUACUGGGCGGCGCUGUGAAUCUAGGUCUGAAUGCUGACCGCAACGAAGCUGGAUCGGUGUCCUACUCCGUCUUUCAAGUCUUUAUCGCCCUGCAAGCUGUUGCUCCGUUUGCAGGUCUGCUUCUGACAGCUCCAGGAAAGGUUGAGCGCACGGAUGGCGAGAUAGUGUCUUGCUCGAUCGGCAAGGAAGAGAGCUCGUGGAAGGAAUUCGUCAGCACAGCGAAGCUGUUCGCAGGCAAGAAAUUUUUACUGAUCAUACCACUGAUCUCACAAUCUGUCUUUGCUGAGGCCGUAUUUUUCACCUACCAGGGCCUGUGGUUUUCGGUACGUGCUCGCGCCUUGGGCUCUUUCCUGAGCGGUAUCGUGGCGAUUGCAGCAGGCAAUGUUCUGGGCCUCUUCUUGGAUCAUACCAAGUGGCAGCUUCGGAUGCGAGCUCGUGGCUCUUUCAUUGUCAUCAUUGCGCUUCAAGGCGCGUGGUGGGUUUGGGGCACAAUUCUCGUGACUGAAUACCACAAGUCUCAGCCCACAUUGGACUGGGUGGACUCGGGCUUCAGCAGAGGUUUCUUCUGGUUCCUAUUCAUGGUAGGGAGCUUUCAAAUCAACUACCUGUACCUUUAUUUUGUCAUUGGCCAACUGGCAAAGAACGAUGCGGAAGUGAUACGCUACGCAGGAAUAUUGCGAGGAACGGAGAGCGCAGCGCAGGCGGUCUCGUAUGGACUAGUCUCUCUGACGACGAUGGGCCAGUUCGGCGCGGUGUAUGUGAACUUCGCGCUGUGGGCGGUCUCUAUUGUGCCCGCCUGGCUCGUAAUUAAGGAGUUUGGCGUCCGGAUGGGGAGGGUCAGGGACGAGAGAUCGGAUGGAAAGGGGCGCGGUCCACGGGAAAUUGAAGCUCCGGUUUCUCGACAAUGA